CUCUCUUACCCCUACUGACAAGAGCUGGGCCCAACAUCAUGGCUGGCAAUACUGACAUCUCUUACAGCUUGCAAGAGCACAUCACUCAGCUGCUGAAGCCCCAGAAGAUUUGUCUCAUGCGGCAGGUGCAGCUAAACCAACCCAAGGGGAAGGCUGAGAGCAGGGUUCUGGUGAUGACUCUAUGGAGAUCUUAUGUUGUCCUCAGUAAGCAACUUGUCAGGGUGGAAAGCUCCUUCAGCUAUUUAGAGAUUUAUGCCAUCAGCAUUGAGAGUCUUAAUCAGGUGGUGAUUGAGACGGACAGACAGACCUACUCUCUCAGUCUGACAUCUGUUGAGGACCUUGAGGCUAUGGUCAGUCAUGUGACAGCUUCUCUGAAGAAGAUCUUCCCUGAUUCAUCUCCAGGGAAGAUCCUGAAGAARAUCCCUCCAGACCUGCAGGAGCGGAUGUGGAACCUGGCAACCCGGGUGGAGGAGCACCUGACUGGAACACUGGGACCAUGUGGAGGCUUCUCAGAGACGUAUGCUGCUCUAUGUGACUUCAAUGAAUUACCCUGCAGAGAGGAGGUCCAAUGGGAUGUGGACAACAUUUACUAUGUCCAGAAUUGUCGGGAAUUCAACCUCCUGGAUUUCAGUCACCUGGAAAACAGAGAUUUGGCCUUAUCAGUGGCCGCACUUUCCUUCAACCAAUGGUUCACCAAGAUCUCCAGCAAAGACCUCAAACUGAGCUCAGAGGUCCAAGAGCAGGUUCUCUUCAUGAUCAACAGAUCCUCCACCUUGGAGGAGGUGUGUCUAGAGGGAUGUGGGAUCAAACUGGAUUUUGCAGUGAAGAUGGCCUGUGCCCUGCGAGAUCACACCUGCUCCGCCAUCCACACCAUCAACCUGUCAGCCAAUCACAUAGAGGACAAAGGUGUGAUAGCUCUCAGUCAGGAACUGGAGAAUCUGCCCAAUGGUCUCACCCAGCUGUCCCUCUCCAGGAUUAGUGUCUCUCCCAAAGGUCUAGGUAGUCUGACUCAGGCGUUACGGCAGAACAAGGCCUUCUCCAGCUCUCUGUGUCACCUGGACCUGUCAGGGAAUACAGGCAUUCUGGCUACAGAGGAAGCUGUGAACCUGUUUAAGUUCCUGUCUGGGACCAAUGCUGUAUCUUACCUGGACCUGAGUGGCACAGACUGCCCUCUGGACACUCUGUUUGUAUCUCUGUCAGCAGGCUGCUGCCCCAACCUGGCCCACCUCAACCUGUCCAGAAACCCCUUCUCCCACAGGAAGGUGAGGGAAGUGACGAGGACUGUAAAGGAAUUCUUCAGUAAGAGCAAUGAGCUCCGAUACAUUGGAUUGGCAGGAACCAAACUACCCCCAGAGGCUCUCAGAUUGUUGUUGCAGGGUCUUGCCACAAAUACUCAUCUGUGUGGGCUGGAGCUAGACCUGAGUGGCUGUGAGCUGAGGUCUGCUGGCGCCCAGGUGAUUCAGGAGCACAUCUUUGAAGCCAAGGCCAUCAGCAGUCUGGACCUCUCUGACAAUGGUUUUGAGAGUGACAUGGUCACCUUGGUGCUGUCCAUCGGUCGUAGUCACUCCAUUCGCCAUCUGGCUUUGGGACGCAACUUUGCAAUGAAGUCCAAAGCUCUAACAGAUGUCCUACAGCGUAUCGUCCAGCUCAUUCAGGAGGAGGAGUGUCCCCUGGAGUCUCUGUCAGUGUGCGACUCCAAGCUGAAGACAGGCACCACCAUCCUCAUCAACAGCCUGGGUUGCAAUGCCAGCCUCACUAAGAUAGACAUCAGUGGCAACUGCAUCGGAGACACUGGAGCCAAGAUGCUGGCCAAGGCCUUACUCAUCAACACUAAACUCAGGACUCUGGUCUGGGACAGGAACAAUGUGACAGCCAGGGGAUUUCUGGAUGUGGCCAACGCUCUAGAGAGGAACUUCACACUGCAGCACAUAUCCAUCCCCAUGAAUGAUGUCACACACGGGUAUCGUAACAGUCCUGAGAAGACAGAGGAGGCUCUGCAGAAGAUCCAGUCGUGUCUGAUCAGGAACAGCCAGAGAAAGUCUGCAGGCCCAGACCAGAUACUAAACCUCCAACAGGGCCUGAAGACCGUACGCUCUGAACAGCUGGUUCAAGGUCUGUGUCAGAGGUUACAGGAGAGUGUCCGACCUUUAGCCCCCUGCAAUAUACAGGAAGUACAGUCAGACAUAUUGGCUGCAGAGGAAGUGCUUCAUAAUACUAAAACCUCCAUUAUGCUAUUGCCUUCACUUUAUGAUCUGGUGAAGACACCCUCUAGUGGUGCAAUGCUGCAACACAUACUGAAUGACACGGCCAAAACAGUCACCAACGAAAUAACAGAGGAGAUUCAGGAGCUGGCUCAGGCCUUGUUGCAGUCAGCCCAGACCCUCUGUCCUAGGGUCACCCACAGGUCAAGUGUCUGUGAGCAGCUGGCUGACUGUGUGGCUAAGAAGUCCAGACAGACAGCCCUGUUCAUCCAGGACACCUUCAUGCAGCACAUAGGAGAACUCAUCAGUAACAAACUAAGUGAACUCAAACUGUCAGUUAGUGUCUCCUUGGUGGAAAGUAUCAUUGAUGAGGUUCUGCUGGACUUGUCUGUGGCUCAGCAGAAAUUGGACCGUCAUAUGAGGGAGCAGACCACCUCUGGACUCAAAACCAACGUCCCUCAUCUACGAGUGGUAGACCAUGACUUCCCCAUGGAUGAUUAUGUUCCUGUCAUUUGGAGGAGCAGCAUCCACUCCAAGAGUAUCCGUCCAGCCCCCUCAGUGAAAAGUCUCCUGGAUGUGGACACGGAGCAGCAGGCAAGAGAGAGCAUGCAUUAUCAGCAGGAAGGAGCAUGGGUAGGAGGGAAGGUGCAGGCGCUGUCGUCAACGACGACACUGUCAGUCACAGUAGGAGGCCAGCUGAAAUCCGAAGGCCCCUCCCACACAGGGAGAGAGGCGGAUGCUGCCGCUGCUCCUGCUCCUGCAGCUGCUGCGGCUCUUAGCAACAGUGAGCCCCGGCGCCCUGAGCCCGCACCUCCUCAGGCCCCUAUGGACCUGCCCAUCGACGGCCACACACUGAGGCACUACACCCGCUCCAGGCCCAGACCCAACCGCCGGAACAGCAAGCCGCCCAGCAAGACCCAGGAGAGAGCAGCUGAGCGUGAAGAGAAUGAAGCCAAUGAGACCAUUGGCAGGGUGGAUGAGGUAGAGGAGUUCUUCACUAAAAAGAUCAUCCCUGAUGACCCUCUCACGUCUGCCCCGGCCCCGCCCUCCUCCACCACCACCUCCUCUAGCACGUCUUCCUCCUCCGCGACUGAAACAACCACCCUUUCCUCCGCCCCCUCAAAAAACAUCAAGAAGAAGUUUGGGGACUUCUUUGCCUUCAAGAAAGGCCGUACCGUCCGGGGGCGAAGGGCGAGGUUUGCCCAGAGGGCAAGUAAGAGCAGCAGAGGACAACACCAUGGCCCCCCGCCACUCCCUCUGAUGUCGCCACCACCUCCGCCUCCCUGCCCACCAGUGCCCGUGCCAGGAGAAGGUGACCCCCAUGUCCCCCAGCGCUCUGACCCCCAGCCCCGUCAUCAGCCCUAUUGGGGGUUCUUGGUGGAGAGGGAGAAGAGCCGGACUCUGGAGAAGAGCAGAACCCCAGAUGGAGAGAGGAGGUUGAAGGCCCACACGGCGCUCCCUCAGGAUGGCAAGUCCCAGUCCCUCAUCCUGCUGACAGGCCUGGAGGAUGGCACUUCCACACAUGGAAAGAAACACGCAUCUGAGAGCACAUCCAGCCUUGAGCAGCGUCUCCACGUAAUGCUCCACCGCAUGGGGGUGGCCAAGACACCUCCUGCAGACACAAAGACCAGCCAGAACAAAGAAGAGGAGCUGAGGAAAGCCAACUCAGAGGGUGCAAUUCUUGACAAAAAACCUGAACCUCCAACCACGUUGAUGAAGCCUCGCACUAUGUCCACAUCAGCUUCAGACACCAGGUGGCCAAUCAGAGCAGGCCUAACUCCUCUGGAGGCUCUCCGAACAGAUAAGCCCCUCCUCCCAGGACGUCCCAUCGGCCCCCUCUCUCCCAAGCCCACAGUGGCAGCCAAACCCCCUCUCCCUGCCCCCCAGCAGCCCCCUGCUGCAGCUAGGACAUCCCUGGGGUUCCCCCGGCAGCCAAGCAAAGCCACAGGCCCAGAGACCCAGCGAACAGAACCAGAGCCCUCCCAGAGCCAGACCCAGCCCCAGCAGAGGGAGCCCCCCUGCCCCUCCCCCCGCAAGGAGACUCCCCCUGCCCCAUCGCCACGCAGGGGACCCUCUGCCCUGGAGAGCAGGGAGCGCUCUGAGAGAGCACAAUCAGUUACUGAAGAGACCCUUCCUAAACCCCGGCCCCGCAUGAAGCCCUCUCCCCAGCGGAGAGCUGUGUCUGUCUACGACGACUCUCUCCUCCGAGAACAUGCUGCUCUGCUGGACCAUGAAGAGCUGAAGGCAACAUUGCCACGGUUGCAGAGGUCACCAGCCCAGAAACGUGCCAACCCCGGGGAGCUCCCUACCUGUAGUGAGGACCAGCCUGAGGGGAAGGAUGCAGGUGAAGCAGGGAAAGAGAGGACUGGAGAGGGUGAGGGGAAGGACAGCCGGCCGGUAACAGAGGACAAGCCAGGGCCAAGCCCAGUGGGGACCAGUCAGGGAGAGAGCACAGUAGAGAAGAGGGGAGAGACUGUCUCACAGCAGCACACAGCACAGGCAGAAACAUCAGACCAAAGAACUGAACUCCCCUUACCGGAGACACACAUGGAUUGACCUGCUCAUAGUCUAUUUUCUAUCAUGUCUACCUUUGCCUUGCACGCCAGAUUAUGAAAAAAAAAAAAUCUAAACUAAAUGUUUUAAAAAGAGUAAAUCCAUACAUAUACUUGUUAAUUAUUAAAAAGUUGAUUUUGAAGUGUCAUUAAGUGCACUUUCCUCACUGCUUUAAUUUGAUGCACAAAGCUACAAAACCUUGGUYAAUUCAUUUAUCAAAUAUUCAGCAGUGUUUUGCCUGAAGUGCAUGGAAAACAUGAAACAUUAUCUCAGUGAUGAUCAUAUAAAGUGCCAGGCUGUCUCAUGGAGUGCAGCCUGGAUAGUGGCCCCCUCA